AUGCCCACACAUCCAACAUGGAAGAGAAAAUCACAUAUUCGUCGAAUCCACCAAAGCCCGUUCAGAAAGAAACAGCCCAAUUUCGCGGAAUACGUGUUAACUUAUCCACCCAUCGAAGCCAGCUGGACCAUUGCCACAACAACCUAUCCUUUUCUCUCCGCGGAGGUCCAACGAGUGAUUGCCAUAUAUACUUCCACAGAUGACCUGAAGGGCUUCCUCGCUCGAUUAUGCGGCGGAAAACCACAGCCGAAUCCACUUCUCCAACACAAGCUGCGCUUCAUCGGCGAGGAAAUUCGAAAGUUCUAUGGAACCUUCGCUAGUGACAUGAUCUGGAAAUCAAUCAUUGACGACGUUGUCAGCACUUUGCACGCCUCGGCCACACAGGUCUUUCAUGGAUAUGUGGUAUACCACUGCAGCUCGUCGCGGUAUCGCCUCAGUGAGCUGAAUCUUCCAAAUAUCCGUGCUGAUAGAGUUGGGAAUGGUGUUUUGUUGAAUGUAGACGGCUGGACGUCACGGCCAGCUGGAGGUAUUGAUAGCUUCGAGUACUCUAGUUCCGAAUAA